UGCCCCGACAUUACCCAAGGCAUUUAACCAGGGCAACAGCCACGGCGCCGCGAAGUAGAGAGACCGAUGCGAGCUCUCCCUCUCCCGCGUCUCCCGCUGCCUGUCGCUGUCCCUCCAUUCUUGCCCUUCCCCGCUCUACUCUCUGCCUGUUGACUGCUUCGGAGGCCGAUCGCACUUCUCCGAUCAUCCGCCUUCUCGUGACUGGAGGAUUGGUUGCUUGUUUCGGUUCAUCAAUGUUGGAAUCGGAGGAGCGCCGCUUUUCUGGGAAUAGAAUGGACCAGUAUGAGAAGGUGGAAAAGAUUGGGGAGGGGACUUACGGGGUGGUGUACAAGGCUCGGGAUCGUCUCACUAACGAGACGAUAGCUCUGAAGAAGAUCCGGCUGGAGAAUGAAGACGAGGGGGUUCCAAGUACUGCCAUAAGAGAGAUCUCUCUGCUGAAAGAAAUGCAGCACAGCAACAUUGUCAGAUUGCAGGAUGUAGUCCACAGCGACAAACGAAUUUAUUUAGUUUUUGAGUAUCUUGACUUAGACUUGAAGAAGCACAUGGACUCUUGCCCAGAACUUGCUAAAGAUCCACGAUUAGUUAAAACUUAUUUGUAUCAAAUGCUUCGUGGUAUUGCCUACUGUCAUUCUCAUAGGGUUCUUCAUCGAGAUCUGAAGCCUCAAAAUCUUUUGAUUGAUCGAAGAACUAAUGCAUUGAAGCUUGCAGACUUUGGGCUUUCUAGAGCUUUUGGCAUUCCAGUUCGGACAUUCACACACGAGGUAGUAACGCUUUGGUAUAGAGCUCCAGAAAUCCUCCUUGGAUCCAGACAAUAUUCUACACCUGUUGAUGUGUGGUCAGUGGGCUGUAUUUUUGCUGAAAUGGUGAAUCAGCAACCAUUGUUCCCUGGUGACUCAGAGAUUGAUGAAUUGUUUAAGAUAUUCAGAAUCUUGGGUACCCCAAAUGAAGAAACUUGGCCUGGAGUUACUUCCUUACCUGACUUCAAGUCUGCUUUUCCCAAGUGGCAAUCUAAGGAUCUGGCAACAGUGGUUCCUAAUCUUGGAGCUCCAGGGAUUGAUCUUCUCUCUAGAAUGCUCAUUUUAGACCCCAGUAAGAGAAUCUCAGCUCGUCAGGCUUUGGAGCACGAGUACUUCAAUGAUCUUGGACUGGUGCCAUGAGCAAUAUUGGUUAAUUCAUCGAAAUUUUGCAGCCUUGUUAACCUCUCUGCCAUGGUUAUUGUUAUAAUCAUCGAUAGUUUCUCUACUUGAAGCUUGCUAGCAUUCUUCGCCGGACAGGAUCUGUGUCUCGAACUAAAAGAUCUCCAUUGGCACAAAGAUGUGGCUCACUCCACCUGUUCUUCAGCCAAGAGAAAAGUUUGACUCCACUUCUGUAUCUCUGUGUGAGACUAAUAUAUUUCUUUGAACCUAUACUUGACCUUUUCAUAUAAGCAUAUUCACUGUGUGGUUGAAGUAUUUGUAUGUUUAGCUUGCAAGAAGUUUCUUUCAGGUACAA